AUGAGACUUCAACAAAAGGUUUCGAGUGCCGUCAAUUCUGCAAACAAGAAUACAAAGAAGACAAAGGUGUGGCUGAAGGAGGAGGAAAGAAAGAUCGAGCGUCAACAGAAUGUUGUUGUUGCCAACAACAAUAACAACAACACUAUGGAUCACUAUGAAAAGAGUAGUAGUCGUAAUAGCAAAUACACAGAUACAACCAACAUCAACAACCAAAGCCACAACAACAAAAGAAGCAUAAUGUUCAACAGAAACAAUGAUAAUAACUUUGACAGUAGGACCGUCAAUAAGCGAAGCCUCAAUGACAACAGAGAUAGAGUCAGUAGUAGCACAGGAUUUCAUAGUAGGGGCAACAAGACGGCCCGCGGCAGCUACAAUGAUGACACUGAUAUCAAAAGGAACAAGGACGUUAGCAGCAAAUACAGUGGCACUAACUAUGACAGAAACCGACCACAAAGCUUGGGCGAUAAACCAUAUAGCCGGGGAGGAGGAGAUGGUGACAAGUAUAUAAGAGAUAAUAGAUACGUUGAGAAGAAAGGAGUUAGCCGUGGAGGCGACAACUAUCGCCAUCGAGAGGAAGUCUCUUUUGGUCAAACUCAGAAUGAUAGAUACCCCACAGACCAGUCACAACAACAACAACAACAACAACUACCACCACAAGAGCAACUAGUCAAUAUCAUCGGAAUGGCAUCAGUAUUGAGUGCAUUCAAAAACAGAAACAAAGAGGACUUGGUCAGGUUGUUUAUCGAACGGAGUGUGCACGAGAGGUACAAGACGUUGCUGUUCCCACUGGUCAAACACUUUGCAUCAAACAACAUGGUAUAUCGAAUUUUCAACAACAACGAUGGACAGAUGAACGCAAUCACCAGGACCAAUAGCCACGAAGGUAUCUGCAUGGUAGUACGCCAAGCAGCUACACUCACCCCAGAGGAGGCAUUUGAGAAGGAGAUGGAGCGCAUCAGAUUCAAAGCCAUUGUGCCAUUGUCCAAGUCGCCCUUGCUCAACCAAGCCAAAGAACUCAUCACCCAACGAGUCAACCACGAUGGUACCCGUCCAGUCGUUGUACUUUUGGACAAUGUUGGCAAUCCAUAUAACAUUGGAACAAUCGUGCGAGCAUGCACAUCCUUUGGUAUCAGGACUCUGUUUGCCUACAACGACCCAGACAAGAAUGAGAGUGGGCGAGUCAACCCUUUCUCAUCGAGGGUCUACCAACUGAGCCGUGGUGGAAUGGACCACAUUGACCUGGUCCAUAUGGAGGCGCGCAAUGAGGUGAUCAACAUGAUCAAGGAGUUCAAGAAGGAGGGAUGGAGGGUGGUUUCGACCGCUGGCAACAAGGACAUCAGCAAUGUGGCGCCUCUCUACAGUGACGAUGCUACAAAGACUCUUGGCAACAUUAACAGUCCACUGGUGCUUGUGUUUGGAUCUGAGUCAGAGGGUAUCUCUAAGGGCAUCAUCAAAUUGUCUGACAAGUGUUUGAUGAUACCAAGCACUGGACACAUCGAAUGUCUCAACGUUUCUCAGGCACUGUCCAUAGUGUUGGCUGAGUGCCAUAGAUUGGAGCUCAAGCACGUUAAAUCAUCUCUAGAGGCUGGUGUCACAGGAGUAAAGAAGCAACAACCAAGACCAAAAGACAGUUUGAAGGAGAUAACACCUGAGCUCUUGGGGAUAACCAGUGAUCAGAUAUAUCGUGAUGACAUGAAUACCAACCGAGAUAGCUACGACGACGAAGUGCUGGAGGAGGGCCUUGAAGAGGACCUAAGAGACUAUGAUGAGAUGAUCCAAAAGGUUCCUCGUAGUUUCUCAUCACAAUGGUGA